UGAUGUAUAAAACCCGGUCCGAGAAUACGCAGCUCUUUCUGCACUCCCCGAAUUGCGCGCCACCGGGACACCUUCUCCGAAUCUCCGCUAGACAACACUGAACUAUUCACAUGGCGCCUCCAAACCCUAGACUGCCGUGAUAACCGUACUUUCACUCGCACUAUAUGAGAUGGCGUCGGCGUGCUUCAACAGCACUGGGAUGUCGCCGGAGAAUUUCCUAGACUGUCCGCCGUCCAAGUACCAGGCUUAUGGCCGGUUGAGUCCUCGAGCCUCAUUUAGUAGGGAGGUUAUGGAUGAUACGCAGUCCUCGAAGGCUUUCGGAGCUAAGCAUUCAUCUUCACCACCGCGCCCGGUGGACAAGUGCGGUGAUGAUAAGCAGGAAGAUUCAGAUCCGGAAGUUCUCGGCAAUGAUGCGGCGGAUUUCGAGUUCCGACUUGACCGUCCUGAGAUUAUGCUUCCCGCGGAUGAGCUCUUCUCCGAUGGAAUGCUGUUACCGCUUCAACUACCGACGAUCCGGCUGCCGGCCACGUUGGCUGAGGCGGCGGGUCUGGAGGCUACGUUGCCGGAUACUCCGAAGAUAAAAACGAGAAAUGAGAUUUCCGGUUCGGAACCAUGGCUUUUCUCCACAAAGGCGCCGAGGUGUUCAAGCAGGUGGAAGGAGCUUCUAGGGUUGAAGAAGCUGUACCAAAACCGCAAUGUCAAGGACGAUAGUAUCAAAACGACGUCGCCGCCGCCGUUGUCGUCUUCCUCACAGAGUAAUAGCAGCCAUAAAUCUAUGAAAAUUUUCCUUCAGCGCUACUCAAAAUCACUGAACUCAUCAAUUGACGAAUCGCUUAGCUUUCCAUUGCUGAAGGAUUCCGACAACGAGUCCGCGUCGAACUCAUCUCGCCUCUCGCUCUCAUCUUCCUCUUCUGGACACGAAAACGACGACCUCCCUCGCAUCUCCCUCGAUUCAGAAAAGCCGGUCGUCAAUCUCUCUCGCAACCCUCCCAGGGUCCGAUUGGUGAAAGCAAGAGCAUUGUCUUCCGAAAAUCCGGCCGGGAGAGUGUGCCGCAGCCCAGUGCAGAGAGCACCAGACGCCGCCACAAUCGGCGGAGUCUCCGCGGACAGUCCGCGGAUGAACUCUUCAGGGAAGAUAGUCUUCCACAGCUUGGAGAGAAGCUCAAGCAGUCCAAGCAGUUUGAAUGGUGGUGAGCCCAGAUACAAGCACAGGGGAAUGGAACGGUCCUAUUCAGCAAAUGUUCGGGUCACCCGGGUUCUCAACGUCCCGGUCUGUUCACUGAGAAGCUCUUCUAAGCCCGGGGUUUUCGGAUUCCCUCUAUUCUCUUCUUCUUCUUCUUCGCAACAAAAGAAAGAAGCUGCCGGCAGCUCUAAUGGCGGAAAUGGAGUUGGGUAUAAGAACCAUCAGGGUAGCAGUAGGCAUCGCAUCAAAAAGUGAGAAUUCCCAACUUUCCAAAAAAUCAAAUGUAAAUAAAUAAAACAACUCUCCUAUCUUGAAGAGUAUUUUACUGGACUUUUAAAAAGUUUUGUUGAGACUUGCUUAA